UGGUCCAUUUCCACGUACAAGAUAUGAUAAUUUCGAAAUUCUAUUAUUGUUGCCACUGGAGAUAUUUAUAUCUCGCAUUUUCUGCGAGUUUCGACACCGAUGGACGCAGCACUCGCUCUUUUUAUUCUACUUACUUCAUUCCUUACAGCUCUAGCAGCGGAUCCAUCUCAUCUUGUUUCCAAGCUUCCUGGACAACCUCAAGUUAACUUCAAUCAGUAUGCUGGCCAAGUUACCGUGAAUCCAACCACAGGGAAGACACUUUUCUACUGGUUCUAUGAGGCUGAUCACCAAAACAGUUCGCUACAGCUGCCUCUAGCGAUCUGGAUGAAUGGAGGCCCAGGAUGUUCUUCGGUCGGAGCUGGAGCCUUGGGAGAAUUGGGACCUUUUAGAACAAAUGACGCAGGCUCGGGGCUUGUUCUCAAUCCAUACGCAUGGAAUCAAGUGGUCAAUCUUAUAUUCCUCGAGGCUCCCCACGGCGUUGGAUUCUCGUACUCCAACACAACCUCGGAUUAUAACCAAUACAGUGAUGAUAUCAUGGCAUCGGAUGUUCUUGUGUUCAUCCUGGAGUGGUUGAAACGCUUUCCAGAGUAUUCAAAGAGCGAUUUUUACCUCCUCGGUGAAAGCUACUCUGGGCAUUAUGUUCCGACUUUAGCUGCAAAAAUCCUCGACUACAACAAGAAGAAGGCCGGAGCUUUCAUUAACUUCAAAGGAUUUGCUCUUGGUAAUCCCUGGUCGGACACAUACUCUGACAACAAAGGCGACACCGAUUUCUUCCACAGUCAUUCGCUAGUCUCCGAUGAGAUCUACAACCAAGUCGUCGCCAACUGCGACUUCGCCAAGGAUCUUUCAAGCGAUGCCAAUCCGCUGUGCAGGUUCGCAGUCAGCGCCAUGGUCAACAGCAUCCAGUACGUUGACACCUACAACGUCUACGCCCCUACGUGCAACCAGCAAGAUCCCAACGGGACGAUUUUGAGCCAAACGCUGCGAGAAAAUACUUUCAUGCACACUGAGAUGCUGGCUGCUGCCUACGAUCCAUGCGCUGAUACAGUGUCUCCAUAUCUCAACUCCAAGGACGUCCAAACCGCUUUACACGUAGAAUUCAUGCCUGGGAAGUGGUCAUUUUGCAGUCGAGCAGUGAAUGAAAACUAUCCGAUAAAGGAGAUCACGAAUUCAAUGCUUCCACUGUAUCGCUCGCUACUGAAAGAGGGUCUCAAGAUCUGGAUUUACAGUGGCGAUGUCGAUGGUGUUGUCUCGACGAUCGGGACGAAAGCGUGGAUCAAGAAGCUCAAUCUCACCAUCACGCAGAAGUGGUAUCCUUGGAAGUUCCAAGAUCAGGUCGGCGGCUGGAGUGAGAAAUACGCGGGGCUAACGCUUGCCACAGUGAGAGGCGCUGGACAUAUGGUUCCCUUUGACCAACCCGAGCAAGCGUUGCUUUUGUUCCAACAUUUUGUCGAUGGGAGCUCACUCCCAGGCUUUUAAAUGCCAAGCGAAAUUUUCAACGU